AUGGUCUUAACUAACGCCGUCUACUUCAAAGGCAUUUGGAAAUACCCGUUCAAGUCUCAAAGUACCCACAAGGAGUUUUUCGUAUCCCCGAAACAGUCUGUCGAAGUGCAUAUGAUGUCGCAAACGGAAAUUUCAAAUAUGGUAAUUGGACUCGAAGAAGUUUCGCGCCCAGGUGCUGGAGAUGCCCUUCAGGGGCGACAGCGCGUCCAUGGUGGUGCUCCUCCGCGAUGUGGAAGGGGAUCCAAGACGGUUGACUGGCUGGUCCGACGCCUGAAGCCCAAGAGACUCGCUUUUGAGUUAAAGGCGAUGCGCUUCGUCCCGCUGACUACUUUGAAGAAAAUGAGAAUGCGUAAACUUUUCUCCUCCACCGCCGAUCUGACCAACUUUGCACCUGACGGAGGAUUACUGGUGAAUGGAGCGAUCCACAAGGCCCUUAUUCAGGUGGACGAAGGCCAGUACUUUUCGCACAUUGAUGUCAGUGUUCUGAUAGAGGAGUAA